GAUUAGUGGGCGGGACUUAGCGUUAUUGUGCAUUCCAACUUCCGGCAGCUGAUCUACAAUAACAAUGGCGCAAACAAAGGCAAGAUGUCACUGCUCGGUUCCUCUGUGUUCAUCUAAUAAACAACGCCAACCAUACUUGAGGUUUCACGGAUUCCCGACAGACCAAGUUGUACGAAAGAUGUGGAUCACUGCUAUUAAGCGAGACGAAGGGGAAACCUUUAAAAUAAAACAGGGAAGCACCUACGUUUGUAGCCGGCAUUUCCACGAGUCAGACUACAUUACAGGCAGUGAUAGUGGGCUGCUAGCGCUGGAUAAUUUUGCGCCUGGUCGUCGCCUAAAAGUAAAUUCUGUGCCCUCCCGCUUUGAGUGGAACAACUGGGGAUUGCCGACCAGGGAGUCCGUUUAUAAACGGGUCAAUAAACGGAUGGUAGACCGUGAGAUUUCGCCGGACCUCCCCUCGGAGGCUACCCGUGAACAUGGCUACGGAACUGCACCAACACCAGGUGCGCUGGAUGCUGCUGCUGAACGCAUACAGCAACUAGAGCAGGAAAUCGCGGGCAUGAAGAAAGAAAUGUCACUACUGAAAGCAGAGCUGGCCCAAUUGCGAUUUAAUAGAUUUUGCAUUUCCGAUAAGGACAUACGAUUUUAUACACGGUUCACGUCAAGGGAUGUUUUUUGUGACUUCUGGGAGGCCAUCAAACCAUCUGCCACCAGACUUGUCUAUUGGUCGAAGGCGCAAAAAAAGGCACAAUCAUCUGAGCCCCUUUCUCCGAGUCCAUCGCGCAGACUGCCCCUUAUAGAUGAGUUUUUUCUUUUCUGCUGCCGAAUUGCCGCUGGCCUGCCAGAGAAGGUGUUGGCCGACCUGUUUGAGGUCAGUAUGUCCACUGUCUCCAGGGCUGUCAUCACGUGGGCCAACUACCUCUACCUAAUCCUUGGAUCCCUUCCCAUCUGGAUGAGUAAACGGCAAAUCAGGAACACCAUGCCUACCAAAUUUGUGCAGUACUGUCCAAAUGUCAGAGUGAUCAUCGACUGCACUGAGGUGCGAUGCCAGUCUCCAUCAUCACUAACUCUUCAGUCAGAGCUGUUCUCUCCUUACAAGAACACAACAACUUUCAAGGGCUUAAUUGGGGUUGCCCCAUGCAGUGCUGUGACUUUUGUUUCGAGUCUUUUCACUGGCUCCAUCUCUGACCGAAAGAUA